GUGGUGGUGAUGAGCGGACCCUGAAACUCUUUCACUCACUCGAUCGCCAACCUUCUUCCACUCUGCAACCUUUGAGCGUGGCGUGGAGGACCCCUUCAGAACUUCUCUCUGCCCUCUCACUCACUAAGUCACCAUCUUCCCCCCUCAAAACCGAACAAUUUCUCCGAAAGCAAAGCAAUCAGCAAAAACUACCGAAAGUUCCUAUUUCGUACUUACUACUUGUAUAAUCAGCAUAAAACUCCAGAGACGCGUGCACUUGUGAUAAAAGUAAAACAAACAAAAAACUGUUAUAAACUCAUCGAGCUUUCUUCUUGGUGGUGAUUACUAUAGACGAAUCGCAAUUAAUGUAAUACUACCAGUGUGACAAAGACGUCAUUGUGAAAUUGGGAAGAUAAAGGAAGGAUAAGCCAUAGAUAAGGCCUCGACUGUGAGUGAGGUCAGCAGCCGGGGCGGGCGCCUGUGUUGCGCGUCCUCCACUGCAUGCGUCGCACAACAAAUGUGAAGUGCAUCAAGAACUAUGCUGCACAUGGGGAUGAAGAGUAAUUAUUAAGGAGAGACAGGUCAGUCAGACAGAGUUUGGAUGAAUCACAAGAAUUCUGGUGAAAAAGAUUUCGAAAAAGAAGACAGGUUCGAUUUGAAGCCAGUUUCCAGCCCACUUUAAUAGAAUACGAAGAAAGAGAAAACUAUACAAGGCAGAAAAUAUCGUCGUAAAAAGCAGCAGCAGAAGGGUCUCUCUCGCUCUGGGUCGUCGGCCAGUGCAGUCAGUGGCAUUCAAGUGCUCCUACCACAUAAGAAAAAGGUCUCUCUCUCCUACGAAUCACCACCAACCAACUUCUGCACUGGAGCAAAUGCACCACUCAAUGAAUUGUGCUCCUAUCAUCCCAAGAAUUUGUGUGUGAAUAUUAAUCAAGUGUUUUUUUUUUUAAUUAAAUAAUCAAGUCAGUGGUCGGACUAAUUAAAUUUUGAUCAAGACAAGAAGAAGAGCAGGCUCAAGACAAAGUGUGAUUCAUGUUUUCCUCGUAAUUCUUACUUUGCAUUGCUACACAGGUUGGAUAGUAGACUUGUGCAGCCAGUGGUCGAUAAUAAUUACUCGGCUUGUGACGUUGAUGCUUUUUUGAGUGGCACCAGCAGCAGAACUUAUUUAUUAGAGUAAAAUAAUAGGCGAGUAGAUUCGAGUGUGCAGUGUCCACUGACUGAAGGUUGCAGCUUUUGUGCACCAAUGAACUUGGUCAGGUCCAGCGAGAUAGGAGAGAAGCAGCAGCAGAAAGUCGUCGUAGUGGGUUAAGAGAGGUCUCGAUGGCUACACUCCUCUCCCAUCAGCACCAACAGUCAGCCAACCAACUCCUCUACGCCAACGCCCCCAUCACCUUUGCCAACCAGCAGGUCAACCACCACCACGCCGGUCAUCCCCAACCCUCCGCAGCUGGUGGUCACUUUUGCAAAGAUUGCGAAGUCAUGUUUGAGAGCAGCACGAGUCUCGAAGUGCAUCUCAGCUACCACAAGGAAAACCUUCUCACCCGAUGGGCCAACCAGGAUGCCCUCGACAAGAGCAGCAACAGCAGCACUAGCACCAGCGGAUCCAACUACGCUAACCCGUCGUCUCCUUCGCCCAACAAAAGAGACAUAAGUCGCUCGGAUAACUCGUCCGUGGAGUCGUCGUCCUCCUCCAGUCAGUAUUACCACCCCGCCGAAGCCCACUACUUGCCCCCAUUGUACAACAACAACACGGGAGACCAGCACAUGCAGGCGUCUCCAACCACACCCACAUAUCGAUCCACCCCCAGCAGUGGUUCUUCUUCCGGUUUUAUCCUGUCUCAACAACCACCUGUUGAAUCCUUAGUCAGCGGAGUCGCCCCAAUAAUGUACGAACCCUUCCACACCAACUUCGGCCACCCCCAAAGUUUGUCCAGCGGUGGUGGGCAUCCUUCCCUCAUCUUCUCCCCCAACCAUCCUGGGGCAUCUGCUGGGGGUCCACCCAGCAGUGGUGACCAGCAUCAGUCUCACCUUCAACAACAGCAACAACAAGCUGCCCGUGAAUCCGCAGAAAUCCUUGACCUUGAUUCUCACAAAGUACACAUUUAUCAACACCAGCAGCAACAGCAGCAACAACAACAGCAGCAGUUUUUCCACCGACCGUAUCUGCCCCACUUGCUGCCCCCACUGCCCCCACCAGGCCAUCCAGCAUCACAACCAAACGGGUGGCCAGGAGGAGCAGGAGAUCAUCACUUUAAUCCCAGCAGAUUUAGUCCUGCUGCUGGCUACACGUUGGAACCACCACCAGGAAAUCCGUUCUACAAUGGCCCCCCACCACUGCCAGUGACGAGUGCAAGUGCGCCACCCACGAAUAAUGGGCUCCUCCCACCUGGAGCUACGUUUGAAGUCGUGAGGAUGGAGAACCCCAACUACGCUGCUCCCCCCACGUCCAGUGAACAGGGCUUCUCACACCAGCAACAUCAACACGGAGGGUCAAACGGUGGCCUGGUCCCCUUUGGACACCAGUCCCCAUAUCCUCCUCCACAGCAGCAGCAGCAGCCAUCCAGCGGUGGUGGUAGUGGUGGUGCGACAAUUAAGCGGGAGAAAGUCUCUCCACCCGGUGCACCGAAGGGUCAACGGUCUCCGCUGGAAGGUUCCGGCAAGAAUGGGCAAACUCCGCCAGUCAAGUCCAAGGGGUGGAAAGGAGGAGAGUGCAAACGACCCAAGACCUACAACUGCCCCGCCUGCAACAAGUGGUUCACCAGCAGCGGUCACUUGAAACGACAUUACGGCACCACGUUGCACAAGAACUCGAUGAAGCAACUGGGCGACAAUGCGGAAGAGCUGUUCAAACAGCAGCCGAAGAAGAAGGGAGCCAAAUCCUCCUCCACCGAACCCAAGACUCCAAAACAGCCCAAGAAAGCCAGAAUGAACCUGAACCCCAACAACAACGACAACGACAACAACAUGAUGAUGGCGGUGGAUGAGAUGUCGAUAAAGAAGGAGCAGACCAACAACAACUCUCUCAUGUACGGUGGCAGUGGUCCCCACCAUCACGACAUUAUGCAGCCCGUGACGACCACGAACAACAGCGAUGGCGACUUGCUGAAGCCCUUCCGCCCACCAACCUCCUCCUCCGUCUCACCCAACAAUGGCAACCACCACCCCUUCAACAACUACCAGCAGCUUCCUUACGGCGUCCCCCCACAUCACCACCUCCUCCUCCCUCCCCACCAACAACAGCAACACCACAGCCCUCACCUCACUCCUUACCCAACGCCACCCUCCGCCGCCCCCACCAACAACCCAGGCAGCUACGUUGUUGACUUUGUCCCCCAUCCGCCAGCAUCCUCCGCACCCUCCUCGUACAACAGCAACGGGUUCCAUCCUCAGCCCAGGAGCCACAACAGUUCUGGAGAAUCUGGCGAGAACAACGGUCCACUCCCCCCGUUCAGCUCCGUGGGCAUGUCCCACUAUGACGCCAGCAUGGACCCCAACAGCUUCCAGAACAGGGUGACACCCCCGUACAACCAGCAUCCGGGAGUGGUCGUGGGGAUACAACAACAACCCAACACGUCCCCACACAACAGCAACAACAACAAUGCCAACAAUUCGGGGCAACAUGAGUCGUCCUUUGAGCGAGACAAUGGGGAAGGGGAUCCUCGUCAUUCGCCCUACAACGGAGGUGGCACUGGGUCGCGGUCGGAGGGGAGUGAUGGCAGUUUGGACGGCAUGUUGAUGGAUGGGUCUUCGCCUUCCGGUUCGGAUGAGGGGGCGCCUGUGGGAGCAGGAGUUUCAUCGUCGAACGGCGGCGGCGGAGGUCACCAUCGCAAACCCGAGGUACAUGAAUGCCCUCUCUGUUCUAAGACAUUUAAUCGCAGUUGCUAUUUUAAGCAACAUUUCAAGCAACAACAUUCCAAUAGUCAGUCAGGCGGCCAGCUCUACAAGUGUCCAACAUGCGGAAAAAGGUUUCCUGAGCAAGACGCCCUUUCCGAACACGUCGCGAAACAUGGUUCCGACAAACCCUACAAAUGUGAACUGUGUCCCAAGCAAUUUAAUCAUAAGACAGAUCUGAACAGACAUCGGCUCCUCCACUCGGGCGAUCGACCCUUCGUCUGCCCCUUUGAAAACUGUGGCAAGGGUUUCAUCCGAAAAGACCACAUGACCAAGCAUGGCGAAACUCACCGCAAAAAAGCCAUCAGCAGCAACAACAACAAUGUUUCUUCUAAUUAACGCAUCGCCUAAUUGUUAAAUUUUAUAGUUAUUUUCUGCAUUAUUAUUAUCCAUUGAGCUUAUAAUUAUUUAUAAUACUAAUUAUCGUCGUCGUCCCAGGGCCUCUGCUCCCCUCUACUCAGCCACAAGGCCACCAUGCACAAGGAGCAACAGGAGGAGCAGGAUUUGUAAUAAUGCGAGACAAUUGUGAGUAUAGCCAUCAUUAUUUCAUCUCCUUCUCUCUUUCUCUCUUCUGACUUAUUCUAAUCGCCACCACUUAGAACACAAUUUCCCAAACAUUUUAUUAGUCAGUCAAAUGUCACAAAUGUGUGAGAAUGAUGGAGGAAGCAGUAUUUACGUAGUUGGUUGUGGCUUUUGGGAGAGGAAUUAGUGAGUAAUUUUGUUCCCCUCGAGUCCAACAACUCGUUCCUUCUUCUUAAAUUCAUUCCAUGUGAAUUCUCAGUUGCCAUAAUAAAAUAAUCGGUAAUAGUGCAGCCGUAGGAGCAGCAGGAGCAUCAUUGCGUAAAAUAAUGACAGUAUUCAGUGCUAAGAUGAUGAGAGGAGAGGGAGAGCAGGUGAUUUUACUAUUUCAUAAUUUACAUAAAGUAAGAGUGCCAUGACUCAAACGUGUAAUUAUUCCCAACAUGAGACUUACUUCACAAAAUGAUGCCAUUUAUUAGCAAAUUAUUGAAUUAGUGUGGAAUUUGGAUCUGAACUUGUCGAUACAUAUAUCGCCACUCACUUUUUUCCUACAUGCUCCAUCCCCACAACAUGCAGCCAGUCUCUGUAAUCAAACCUCGCCAUAGCUUCUACAUGGGUGGACACAUAAAUAAAUACUUUGGCGUUUAGCCAUCCUUAUAAUUGCCGUGAGCCAGCAAAGCUAUAAAGAGAAAGAAACAGGUCAUGUCAUGUCAGUUUGUUCCAGUCGAGUUGAAAAAAAAACUAGAUUUUUAACCCAGUCCUUUUUCCACACUCGCUCAGACACACACACAAAUUUAUUAUUUUACAGCAGCGCCUGUAAUGAAAUUAAAUUCAAAAGUGUAAUUGUAUUGUACAAAAAGACGACCGUAGUUUUCAUUCCAUUUAUUUUUGAAUGAUGCAAAUAUAUAUUUUAUUUAAUGUCCUGCACCCUCUUUCUCUCGGCCACUUUUAGCAGCAUUCAACCCUUUUUUAGUACUAAAUACGUUCGUGGCGUUCCUCCGUGAAGAUGGCCGGCCGCGUACGUAGAUCGAAAAAGUCCAGGUGCAGGCUCCCUAUGUUAAGCAAUAAGCAAUAAAUUAUGAAUUUACGCUUCUACACAUUUAUGCUCGGCUCCCUCAAACGUACUCCAUUUAGGAGAAUGCAAAGUGUGUACAUUGAAAACAAAAAUGCAAAAAUUUAUUAUCAUGUAAAUUUUUAGAGUAUAAAAUUCCCGACGACUUAAACAGUCGGAUCGUAACGAUAUCGAUGAAAGACAAUGAAAUGAGACGACCUUUUGGGUCUCUCAUGUCAACGAAAGUUCCUCUCACUCAUAAUCACACAAAAUAUUACUAUUAGUUAGUUGGCACUACUCAAUAUUGUUCUUCUGCUUAGAAAAGUAUAGAGUUUAUUGCAAUGAUCGAGUUUUUAACGAACUUAUGCAUAAAUGCAAAGUAUGCACUACAAAUUAAUUAUGCACGCCUCGUGUACAAAGUCAAUUUUAUAAUAUAUCCAGCUAACUUACUGAUAUUUAAGUGGAGACAAUUUACAUAAGUAAAAUACACUCAACGUUGGCAAUAAUGUUAACAAGACAAACAUUGCAACUCGAAAGUUCCUCUCAAUGUGCUUAUCCAUUUGAUCCAAUAAUGAUCACAAUGCUAAUCUAUAGCAAUAUUAUAAAACAAUAAUGAAAUCACUUGAUCAGUGAAAACACUGUACAUAAACUACUACGAUUACCUUAAUAAUUCCUCUCCUUGGCUGGAUCGAAAUUAUUAUUCAUGCAAUGCAAUUAAGGAUGUGUGUAAAUAUAUACUUGGAAAGAACUCGUAGUAGGAGUCUCAUCGUAUGAAAAAAAUAACUCGUUUUUCCGCGUCGUGAUAAUUCUAGAAUUUUUGAUCAAAAUGUUUCACAUUCCGUAGAGAAAAGAGAUUUUGGAGAAAGACAUUUUCGAAAGCUCCAUGCUUAUUAGUUAAUUAGUAAUAUUUAAAUAAUUAGAUGUAGAAAAAUUCUUGUUAUACUUCCGCCAAAAUAGGUACAACUAGUACUCGUUGUUAAAAAUGCAUGAUUAUUACACAAAAACGCUUAUUGAUAAUUCAGCAGUAGGUACAAAGCAAUGAUUUACCUUACUUUCAACCACACCUCACCCUGCUCAAUAUAUUCAUUUACAAAACACAAAUUAGUUACGCAAAGAGUAUGCAAAUAUUAUUAUUACGUUAUCAUCACGAUGCAUCAUGAAUGAGCUGUCGGAUAAUAAUUUCAAUGUAUACGUUUACCUGCUACUUAAUUAUGUACUCUUAUUUUUAUCGUGGUUCAAUUAUUGUUACAUAGUUUUAGUUUGUAUACUCAAAUAAAUUUAUAUUAUUAUUGUGAUUUAUUUUAUUACUGGUUAGGAAUUAUUUGUUAAAAAUUAUGUUAAAUUGUGAUGCCAUAAUUUUGUUAUAGUUGGUUUUAAACCUGAGCUGUUUGUAAUCAUUUAAAGUGAUACAAUAAAAAAUGUUGCGAAUAAUAAAUAAA